UGUCGCACCGACCGACGCGGAGGAGAGAGCAGGCCCACUGCUGGCCGCCAGCGGGCAGGCAGAGGAGAAGAGGAGGGGAGGAAAAGUGUGUUUACACAGACGGCAAACUGCCUGGGGAAUCGUAGGGGAGAGGAAGUCAGCCGGCUCUGUGUCUGCCUGCUCCAACUUCCUGCUCAGAAAAAGAAAAAGCGCAGGAUCCUAUUUCAGUCCAGCACAACUGUGCAGACCAGAAGCAAGCAUGGAAAAACACGGAAUCACACAAGACUCACCGUAAAAGUUUCACGGAGGGAACCGAAGCGAGCCCGACAUCGAAGGUAUGGACAGUGCCAUCACCCUGUGGCAGUUCCUGCUGCAGCUGCUGCUCGACCAGAGCCACAAGCACCUGAUCUGUUGGACGUCCACGGACGGCGAGUUCAAGCUCCUGAAGUCGGAGGAAGUGGCCAAGCUGUGGGGGCUGCGCAAGAACAAGACCAACAUGAACUACGACAAGCUGAGCCGGGCGCUGCGCUACUAUUACGACAAGAAUAUCAUCAAAAAAGUGAUCGGCCAGAAGUUUGUCUACAAGUUUGUGUCCUUCCCUGAGAUCCUGAAGAUGGACCCCCAGGCGGUGGAGAUGGGCUUGGCCUCCGGGAGGUUUCCCCUCCACGAAGGAGAGGCCCACGAGCUGGAGGUGGAGGAGGAGGAAGAGGAGGAGAGCGAGGAGGAGGCCCAGAGGAGAACCCUGGCGGCGCUGGGGGCGCAGCAGUGCCGGAGCGACUACCUGCACUCGGGCCUCUACUCGUCCUUCAGCAUCAGCUCCCUGCAGAACCAGCCCGAGCUCCUGCGGGCGCUGCGCGAGCGUCAGGAGGAGCCGCGCUCCGUCAUCCGCUUCGGCACCAACGCCAACGAGAGGAGCUCCCCUUCGGUCAAGUCCGAGUCCUACGUCUCCCCGAGGCCCUCCAAACUCCCGUCCCAGUCCCCGUCCCCGUCCUCCCAGUACGCCCAGCCCAGCCGCAGCUGGAGCCCCGUCGACGUGGAGGAGGAGGAGGACGACGACGAGCCGGACUUGGACCAGAGCGCUCAGCCGCUCAACCUGUCCUCGGGGCACCGGGAGCGAGCCCUGCAGCCCGCCGACAAGAGGAGCAGCAGCAGCAGCACCGGCAGCAGCGGUAACCACGGAGACGGACUCCCACCAAAAAACAAAAAACCCAAAGCUCUGGAGAUCUCCACCCCGUCCCUGCUGCUGGCGGGCAGCGACAUCGGCUCCAUCGCCCUCAACAGCCCGGCGCUGCCGUCCGGCUCCCUCACGCCGGCCUUCUUCACGGCGCAGACUCCCUCGGGUUUGCUGCUGGCCCACAGUCCGCUGUUGUCAGGCAUCCACUUCUGGAGCAGCCUGAGCCCCGUGGCCCCGCUCAGCCCCGCCCGGCUGCAGGGCCACAACUCCCUCUUCCAGUUCCCCAGCCUGAUCAACGGACACAUGCCGGUGCCGCUGCCAACCCUGGAAGGAACACCCUCCUCCCUGCUCCUGUCGCCCGCCACCCACAAAUCCUGAUCCAGCGUCUGUGAAAAGCCUCCCACCAUCCUCCACCUGCAGCUCAAAGCCCACCCCCGACCCCCCCGACCCCGUCAGCAUCAUCAAUAUCAUCAGCAGCAGCACUCAUAACAAAUCCUGCUUCAGGAAAUAGACUGGGCCUGUUCUUGUUUUUGUAGCACUUGGGUUUCUCCUGGUGGAAAGCACGUGGUGGAAGCCAUAUACGCGCCGCCGCGUCUGAGAGACGUCUGUGACGAAAGCGCAGCACGUGCACCACGUGACACGUCCUCGACGGACAGAAGGCCAGCGAGCCAACCAGUCGCUCAAGUCUGUACAGUUUUGUUUUAAUCCUGUUUAAAAAAUGAAAAAAAAAGACAAAAAAAGAUAUAUUUUUACCUUUUGAAAAAAAAAAAAAAAAAAGUUAAUCACAAGGUGAAACAAGUGUUUCUCUCUUGUGGUGUAUGUAAUGUAUGCACUAUGCUUCUCUGAUACUACCGGCUGUGCCUUCUUGAUCUGUUUUGUUUUUAAUGUUGUUUUUUUAAAAACCUUUUGAUGAAGACGAGAUUUCAGAUCCGUGAAAACCUUUGUAACAAUUGUAAUUUGUUUUUUUUUUUUUAUACUGGACUUGGCAUACAGUAUGUGCUCUGAAUAUGUUUUGUAUUGUGAAGAAUGUUAUUUUCAAUAAACGAAGCAUCGAAUGCUGCAA